GACUUAAAAACGGUCAAAUAAAAUCGAAAAAAACUAAAAGCCCCCUAGUGGCAGAUUUUUCCUCGAGCAUUCUUUUCGUUUUUGACGUCUUCAAAAAAACACACGAAGAUCUCAAGAUGACAAACUCAAAGGGAUACCGUCGUGGCACCAGGGAUAUGUUCUCCCGGCCCUUCCGGAAACAUGGAGUCAUUCCCCUGUCCACAUACUUGAAGGUGUACAAAAUUGGAGACAUCGUUGACAUUAAGGGCAACGGUGCAGUUCAGAAGGGUAUGCCCUACAAAGCCUACCAUGGCAAGACUGGGCGUGUGUUCAAUGUAACAGGUCAUGCUCUCGGUGUGAUUGUCAACAAGCGCGUCCGCCACCGUAUCAUCCCCAAGAGGAUCAAUGUAAGAAUUGAGCAUGUUAGCCACUCCAAGUGCCGCGAGGACUUCCUGAAGCGUGUCAAGGAGAACGAGAAGAAGCUGAAGGAGGCCAAGGCGACGGGAGUGUACGUAAAUUUGAAACGCCAGCCAGCUCAGCCCCGUGGAGCCACAAUUGUCAAGGAUGCCCCAGAACCCAUUGUGCUGGCACCCAUCCCGUAUGAAUUCAUUGCGUAAAGAACCCAAUAAAAUACGGAGAAACUUA